CAAAACGACUAAAGUCAAACGUCAUAUAGAUGCGAUUGAUAGUAAACGUAAAAUAAUUAAAGAAAUAACAAAAAAAAUUGUAAAAGAAGAUGAACUAAACAGUGGAAUUAGCGUCUAAGGUGUCCAUCUAAAAUGAACCUGCUGGAUUACGUGCAUAUGAUAGUAGACUCGCUCCAGGACAUAAGGUGGAUCAUGGACGCAGCGGCGGCUUGCUACCCCAUAGCUAUGAUGUCCAAAAUACACACAGCCUAACGGAAAAUGGUUUCUGAUUUAGCUUUCUAUAGAAAACCUAAUAAUAAUAUCUGUUGCCUCACCAAAGAUAGGCGCCUUUUGUCUACAAUCGAUUCUAUAAAUCUCAGUACAUCACGAAGCUCCCCCGAGUUAAGUGUUACAAUACAUUCGUCGUCAAAGACAAGUCAAUCGACGGUGCGGCCGAUAACGACCUUGACGGAUAAUACCCUGAGCAUGGUGAGCACACCGUGGUCUACCGAAUCUUGGUAUUCCACGAGCCAUGUUCUUAACAACAUAUACUCCAACUCUAUGACUUCUAUGUCCACUAUGAUGCCAAUGUCCACGUCAUCAGGCGGCUGUACUCCGGAGUUGGACGGCAGUGAAAAUACUAUAACAAUACUAAGACCCGAAGAUCCGUUUUCAAUGGCAUCUUUUACCGUUCGCCCGGUCCAGACCGUGCCCUCGAGAGAUUCCAUAAGUACGUUGAGUUCGUGGACUGUAGAAACUUUCGUUAGUCCCGUGAAGUAUUCGAGUUCCGAAAUCAUAAAAGUGAAGUAUCCUUGGAGCCCGUGCACAUUCAUCAGCGGUACCGAUCUGUACCCGAGCACGAUGGACACCUUUAGCAGUGCAGCGGAUGUUGCGACGCCCAGCACAGGUGACAGUGUGGACACACUUAGCAGCAAGUUGACAUCAAGCGCUUGUCGCACUUUUGGAUUCUUAUGUUUGGCGUAAAAAUUUAAUGAAAGCAGUAGUUAAAAUGAACAAAUUUAUUUGACAUAAACAGUAAAUGAUUGAUCUAUGAAUGA